AAUGUCGAUCGCUAUCAAUCCAGAAGACAUCAAGGCACCAAUCCUUAAGGAUGUGAGUAUUGUGCGCAAUGAACAAAAAGAGUUAAACCUCAGCCCGGUGCAUUCGCUUGGUGUGCCAUUCAUCAAAACGGCCACAUUUGGCAUGGGAUGUUUUUGGGGCGCAGAAUCGUUAUAUGGAGCCACAAGAGGAGUAUUGCGCACAACUGUAGGCUAUGCCGGCGGCACCAAAGAAGGCCCAAAGUACCGUAAUUUGGGUGACCAUACUGAAGUUUUGGAAAUUGACUACGAUCCAAACAUCAUUUCCUUCAAAGAUCUCCUUGAUUUAUUCUGGAACAACCAUGAAUACGGCCUAACCACCACCCCCAUUAAAAGACAAUAUAUGUCACUGAUCUUAUACCACGACGAAGAGCAGAAGGCAAUUGCUGAACAAUCGAAACAGGAAGAACAAAUCAAACGGGCUCCAGAGGUUAUAAUUACGGAAAUUCGGGCUAAAACUAAUUUCUAUCCUGCUGAAGAUUAUCACCAGAAAUAUCGCCUGCAAGGUCAUCGUGAUUUAUGUGACACGCUAAAUUUAAAGUCAAAACUUUUACAAAGCUCCUAUGUUGCUACGAAACUUAACGGUUAUAUGGCAGGCGUUGGAGGCUUUGAACAAUUCAAAUCAGAAGUGGAUACCAUGGGGCUGACGCCGACCCAAAAGCAAUACUGCAAUUACUAUGUGGAAAAGAACGAAGGCCAAGGACUCUAUUGCUGAC